UGGUAUUGGAAAUUAUGAAGUGAAUUUCUUUCGAAUUCAUUUGAUUUUUAUUAGAAAUUUGCUCUAUAAUCGAAUUACUAACAAGUAUUAUCGAUACAUUUAUAUUAUCAGUAGAUUUGUGGUGAAAUUAAGCAUAUACAGAUAAAAAUGAUUAAAUUAACGUUACAGUGUUUAUUUUCACCUCGCCUGUAUAAAAUUUAUGGAUUAGCUGAUGCCUACAAUCCCUCAAGUCUGGAGAAGUAUGCAAAUCAAAUCAUUACAUCGGCUCAAACUAUCUUUAAUAUAACUCUCUAUUGUUCACCAUUUAUCUGUAUGUACAUUUCUAAGAGAGGUUUACUUACAUAUGACGAGUCGGUAUUCUAUAUGAAAGCGUUCAGCAGCAUUGGAUCUUUGCUGGUACUUUCAUUCAUUAUAAGAGGUAUCGGGAGAGCUUGCAACCCUCAAUAUGUUGAGUUCAUUAAUGAUUACACUAAACCAACAGUUGAUACUCCAUCUUAUUUGCAAGAUUUGAGAAAAUAUGAUUUUGACUUUGAUGCUUGGCCCGCAACCUUCUCUAUGCCACAAAUAUUAAGCUCAACAUGGAUUGAAAACAAACCUUUUGGCAAAUGUGCUCAUCCACACAUGACGGUGAUCAAAAGAACCACAAUUCAACUGUUGGCAUACAUUGCAACCCAUACCUUUGCACUGCGACUCAUAUAUCCAGGGUCCCUUGGUUUUAUUUACAACAUGCUGUGGCCACAUCUUUUUGAAGGAAGGACACAACUUGUAGAAGGUCAUGGCGGAAAACGAGCUAAAAUAAUCACGGCCGACGGAAACUGUAUCGAGACGAUGUUCGUCGAUCAAAGGAAAGAGAAAAAUCCACAAAGUAGAAUACUGGUUAUAUGCUCUGAAGGGAAUUCUGGAUUCUACGAAAUUGGUAUAAUGUCGACACCGAUUAAGGCUGGAUACUCAACCCUGGGCUGGAAUCAUCCCGGAUUUGGCGGCAGCACUGGUCAGCCUUUUCCUCGCCAAGAGGAAAGAGCUAUUGAUGCAGUGGUCCAGUAUGCUAUACAUGACCUCGGAUUUGACGUUGAGAACAUUGUGAUGUUCGGUUGGAGUAUUGGAGGAUAUUGUUCCGCCUGGGCAGCGGUCCACUACCCACGCAUUAGAGGCUUGAUUAUGGAUGCAUCUUUUGACGACUUACUGCCCCUGGCCAAAAAUCAAAUGCCAAAGUCCUGGUCAUUGCUCGUCGAGGAAGUGGUGAGAUCCUUCGUAGACUUGAACAUCGCUGAUCUGUUGGAGAAGUAUGACGGGCCCGUCCACUUGGUGCGCAGAACUGAAGAUGAAAUUAUAUCCUUGAGACCGGCUCAGCUAGCUUCGAAUCGUUGCAACAAUCUGCUCCUCAAAAUUAUUGAAUCGCGCCACCCCGAGUACACAGCGGCCACUGGAAAUCAAGCUACAUACGACUUGUUUUUAAGAUACGUCAUACUGUCUGACCAGCAACGUAUUGUAAUGAUGCGCGGAGACCUUCGAGAGGAAGACAAGAACGUCAUGAAAAUGAUAUCUAAGUAUAUGCGAGACUACAGAUCGACGCAUUGUACGCCGCUACCCGAAGAACAUUUUGCAGCUAUAAUGGAAGACUUGUAAUUCAAAUGAUGAGAAGAUAAUAUGAUUCACAUUCUAUAUAAUAUUUAAUCAAACAUUUACAGUAUUCGUGUUUGCUGUUGUGAACAUUUACCUCCUUAUACAUAAAAUAUUUAAACAAUUGACUAGCCCAACCUACAAGACUUUAAAAGACAGCUAUUUUGCAUUUACACCCGGUAACAAUCGUUGUUGUAGGUGUAGACUUUAGAACAAUUAAAUUUGAAUACUAAUCAAUCGUUCAUAUAUUUUGUGAAUAAUUUAGCGUUUUAACAUGAUCCGAUAUUGUUUAGGAUAAUGUGAAAAUGCUAAUAUGGAGGUUUUAGUUCCGUAUAACAUAAUAAUAUGCAUUUAUUGAUGUCAAAGUUCUAUGUGCAAUUGAUGGGAUGUUUUAUUAGAAUAGCAGUAAAUUAGUUAUGUGGCAAUAUCCAUACGGAAAUAAAAUAGGUACGAUAUAACUGUCACAAUAGUAACGAUAGACCCUAGAGAUAAAAUGCAGGGAGGUACUAUCAGAGAAGUUGAUUCCUAUGCAAAUCGGGGACCUAAGUAGUU